AUGUCAGGAGCUUACUCAGGUCUACAGGCAAGAAUCAAGGAGGUUAAUCCACUAGCUGAGUAUUCUCCAUGUGCUGCACACUCUCUAAAUUUGGUUGGUAGUUGUGCAGCAAAUUGUUGUAAAGAAGCCUGUCAUUUUUUUGAACUGUUACAAGCAGUAUACUGUUUUUUUACGGCGUCGACUCAUCGUUGGGAAAUGUUGAAUGCAAAAGUCACGUUAAAAGGUCUGUCUGAAACUAGGUGGUCAGCUCGUGAAGAUGCUUGUAGAUCACUUAACAAAAACUGGGAUUUGGUCAUUGGAGUGUUGAAAACAAUUUUGGAUGAUACUAGUCAAAAACCAACUACUCGUUGUGAAGCCAAAGGGUUAUUGCAAAAGUUAAACCGCCUAGAAUGUGCUCUGAUGGCUGUAUUUUGGGGUGAUGUUCUUGAAAUUUCGAAUAAAACAAGUAAAAAGUUACAAUCUGUGAGUAUUGAUUUAAUCACUGUGGUUCAACUUUAUGAUUCAAUAAUAUAUUAUGUUAAAUCAGCUCGGAGUAGAAAUAGAUUUAUGGACUAUGAAAGUUCUGCUAAAGACUUGUCUGGAUUAAGUGACUAUAAAGAUAAUGAGAAACGAAAAAGAAGACGGAAAUUACCACAUGGCGAAACCAGAUCCAAUGAAGUGACAUUAUCUGGUCGAGAACAUUUUAUUGUAAUGACAUAUUUUUUUAUACUAGAUAAUUUACAAUCAGAGUUACAAAAACGCAAGUCUGCAUAUGAUGAUUUAGUAAAAAAAUUUUCCUUUUUUCAUAAUAUAAUACAGCAUUCAAAUAAUGAAAUUCGUAAAAGUGCAAAGGAAUUAUGUGAAGAUUAUCCAAAUGAUUUAAAUAUAAGUUUGGUUAGUGAGGUGGUUCAGCUACAAGGGCACAUCCAUAGCUUAGGGACUUCUGGCAAUAAUCCUCAAACUAUUUUGGAACUCAUGUUAUGGAUAAGAAGUAACAAUUUUAUAAUUUUGUAUCCAUACGUAGAAAUUGCACUACGUAUUUUUUUAUCAACGGCAUCUACUAACUGUUCAGCUGAACGUUCGUUUUCAGUGCUAAAACGAGUAAAAAAUUAUUUAAGGUCAACAAUGAAUCAAGAAAGGUGUUCUGCGUUGGCUUUAUUGACAAUAGAAUCUGAUAUAACCAGUAAAACAGAUUUCGAAGAGAUGAUAAUUUUAUUCUCAAACCUUCAGUCCAGGAGAAAGUUAUAA